AUAAGGCGGUGGACAGUGAAUCCCGGAGAGAGGAGACACACAUAUAAUAGUCCACAAACGAGGAUACCCGCAUAGACAGAAUCUCAUCUCCCUUCCCAAUUGACUAUAGAUACAGACCUGGGCACUUCAUUCCAUUUUCUUGAGCCAAGAAAAUGGCGGCAGAACCUGUAUUUGUAAGUGGAGCUACUGCUAUUCCCUCAAAGUUUCAGUCUUUUACAAGAAACAUCAAUGACAAGUCACAACCCAAGCUUCUUUUAUACUCGAGAGUCAGAGCUUCACAAAAACAUUCUAUGGAUGACAAAAACAAUGUCUACAAACAACUGGGUUUGUUUUCUUUGAAAAAGAAUAUUGAAGAUACGGUUCUCCGUGCUGAGAUGUUAGCACCAACAGCACUGGAACAUGAGGAAGCAAGACGAAUCAAGCAGGAAGAAAUGAUACAUGAGUGCAACUUAUGGGAAGACCCUGCUAAAUCCAAUGAAAUCCUCAUCAAAUUGGCUGGUAGUGCCAAAGCGAUUGAUGCUCUCAAAGACUUGAAAUACAAGGCUGAAGAGGCAAAGCUGAUCUCACACUUGGUGGAGAUGGAAGCUAUCAAUUAUCUGCCUAAAUUUAAGAAAAGGACCACUUUUCUGUGCAUGUCUACUGUGGUAUAUUUGCUUGUUAGUUUGUGCAAGGUUACAAAUACAAUUCUGCUUCUUCUGAAAUUGGAAACUAUGCAGGUUACCACAGCAUGUGUAGACGUUGUUCCUCUAUUUCUCGGAACAGGUUUUGACUUUCAAAUAGAUGAUGAGGAAUUGAUUGUCUCGUGUUCUCCCUCAUUGCUAAGAGACGGGAAGAGCCGAACUGAACUGACAGUUUGCCUGCAGCACAUUCCUACUGGCAUAAGCGUUCAGUCUUCAGGUGAGAGGAGCCACUUUGCAAAUAAGGUGAAGGCUCACAAUAGAUUGAAAGCCAAGCUUCUUGUGAUUGCAGAGGAGCAAAAGGUUUGUGAUGUGAGUAGCAUCAGGAGAGAUGACAUUGUGGAUGUGUGGCAAAAAGAGACCAGGAGGUAUGUUUCUCAACCGUACAAGCUAGUACAAGAUGUAAGAACGGGCAUUGAACUGCCUGACCUAAACUCUAUUUUGGAUGGAAAUAUUAAUACUCUUAUCGGAGCCCAUAUUAAUAUUAGACAUACAGAAUAAUUUUGCAUUGCUAUCAUAGCUUUGUAUUCAAUGAGACCAUUUUUGUUACCUAUCAUGUGAUUUUGAUUCUUUUGAACUC